ACAAGGUGUUUCCCGAUUUCCUUUCAUUCACUCACUUUCUUCUUCUUCUUCUUCUUCUUCUUCUUCUUUACUUACGUUAUAGGGUUUCCCUCACUCUUUCUAGGGUUUCCUCACACUCCUUUCCCCGAUCAAACUUUGUCGUAAAUAUCUUGCACCUUCAAAUUCAUCGUCUCUGCAGGAAUCCAAUUUCCCCAUCUCUUCAAUCGGGUUGGUCGCUCUCGUUCCAUGUGAAGGAGCAUGUAUUCUUCCAGAGGGAGCGGCGCUUACGGUCAAUCGUACCCGGGUCAAUCCGCAUACGGCCAGAACCUGGGUUCUAAUUUCACUGGAGCUUCUGUUGGAGGACAUGAUGUGGGGCAGCAUUCUGUGGCAUCAAGGCAUUCAGCGAUAUUAGGUGCGUCUCAGGAAGUUGAUGUUGCUGGAUAUCGCCCUCACAGUUCAACUGCUGCACAGUAUGGGGGGCAGUAUAGUGCGGUUUAUGGCUCAUCUGCUUUGAGCAGCGCACAGCAGGUUCCCUCGUUGGGUACCAAGGGAGCUUCAUCAUCAGCAUUAGAUGGUCGUGGAGGUUAUAAUUUGGGUGUUUCGGAUUCGCCUAAGUUUGCUUCUGGAGAAUAUGUUCCGUCAUCUGGUCAUGGAUAUGGUCAUAAGGUUGAUCAAUUGUAUGGUGACAAAGGAUUGGAAUAUUCUGGAAUAGACAGGCGGCAAUAUGGUGAAAGGCAGAGUGCUUAUAUUGGUAGGGACUUGGGUGAUGCAGCUGGACGGUAUGCUGCUGAUCCUAUUGGGUUUAGUCAUCAACAUCAGCAAGCAGAAAUCUAUGACCGCAUUGAUCAGGCAGCUUUGCUUCGACAAGAGCAACUGCUGAAAGCUCAGCCUCUGCAAGCUGCUUCACUUGAUGGGGGUGCUAGACAAGCUGAUUAUCUUGCAGCAAGGACUGCUGCUAGUCGUCACACUGCCCAAGAUCUUUUGUCUUAUGGAGGAAGGAUUGAUUCUGAUCCACGUGCUUCAUCAAUGCUAAGUGCUGCUUCGUAUAGUGGACAGCAUGCACCAUCAAUAUUGGGAGCAGCUCCAAGGAGAAACUUGGAUGAUCUACUGUAUUCUCAGAAUGCUUCAAAUCCUGGUUAUGGAGUGAGCCUACCACCUGGUAGGGAUUACGCUAGUGGAAAAGCACUUCAUGGAAAUGCCAUGGAGUUGGAUUACCCAGGAAAUGCCCUUUCACGUGGUGGGCACAAUGACCUUAAAGAUGACCGUGCUAGCUAUCUACGAGAAUUUGAGCUAAGGGAAGAAGAGCGUCGCCGGGAACGCUUGCGUGAGAGAGAGAGGGACAGAGAAAGGGAGAAAGAACGUGAACGAUUGCGCGAGCGGGAACGAGAAAAGGAACGCGAAAGGGAGCGCGAAAGGGAGCGCAUCUUGGAGCGGCGGGAAAAGGAAAGGGAACGAGAACGCAAACGUGCUCUUGAAACUAAGCGUGAUCGGACUCCAGUGAGAUCUUCCAAGGAUCCCCGUGGUACAUCAAAGGAUCCUCGAGGAUCAUCUUUGACAAAGGAUGGGAGAUCUUCACGACGGGACUCCCCACAUCAUGUUGCUUCACAUAGGCACCAUUCACCUGUUAGAGAAAAACGGAGGGAAUAUGUCUGCAAGGUUUACCCAGCCCGUUUGGUGGAUAUUGAAAGGGAUUACCUCUCGAUAGAUAGGCGAUACCCCCGACUCUUUGUCUCUCCUGAAUUUUCUAAGGUUGUUGUGAACUGGCCAAAGGAAAACCUGAAACUGUCUAUCCAUACUCCUGUCAGUUUUGAGCAUGAUUUUAUUGAAGAAGGAAGUUUCACUGAGACUAGGGAAUCAUCUGACAAGCUUUUGAUGGGACAACCUCCAAAUUCAAUACAAGGAAAUACAGUAUGGAAUGCUAAAAUAAUCUUGAUGAGUGGACUUAGUAGGGGUGCAUUGGAGGAGCUGUCAUCUGAUAAAAUUUUAGAUGAUCGCAUUCCUCAUAUUUGCAGUUUCCUUAAGUUUGCGGUCCUUAAGAAGGACCAUUCUUUCAUGGCAGUUGGUGGCCCAUGGGAACCAGUUGAUGGUGGUGAUCCAUCUGUUGAUGACAACUCUCUGAUUAGAACAGCGCUCAGAUAUGCAAAGGAUGUUAUCCAGCUUGAUUUGCGUAAUUGUCAACAGUGGAACCGUUUUCUAGAGAUACACUAUGAUAGACUUGGAAAAGAUGGUUUCUUUAGCCACAAAGAGAUCACUGUACUGUAUGUUCCUAAUUUGUCUGAUUGUCUCCCCAAGUUGGAUGAAUGGCGUGAGCAUUGGCUUGCCCACAAGAAAGCUGUGGUUGAGAGAGCACGCCAACUUGCUUUGAAAAGAGAGAACACAAGAGAUAGCAAGGAAGCUUCUAAAGACAAAUUGGAUAAGAAGAAGGAAUCUGCCUCAUCUGGACAAUCUGGAGAUGCUAAGAAAAAGGAGAAAGAUAGCAAUAAUGUUAAGGUGGAAGCUGAAGAGAAAACUGCAGUAGAUAAGUCUAAAACUACUAAACAUGAUGGCUCUGACAUUGGUGAAGGAGGCAAGAAUGCUGAGAAAAAACAGCCCGAAGCUGAUGCUUGUCAGACAUCAGGGAGUGUGAAAUCUGUAAAGAAGAAGGUUAUAAGGAAGGUUGUAAAGCAAAAGGUUGUCAAUAAGGCAAAUGAUGCCACAAACAAGCAACUCGGUAAAUCAGAUGAGAAGAAUGGUGUGGAGAAAACAGAAACAUCUACUGUUCUGGUUGAGGGCGAGAAAUCUUCUGUGGGUCCUGAUGGGAUUCAGGAUGCUACGAAUAAUGUAGUUUCCAAGGAUAUUAUUAUGAAUAAUACUGAUGGGGAAGAGGGGAAGGAUAAGGAUAUGAUUAGUUCUGAAGACAAACCUCUAGAUAAGCCAGAAACAGUGGGCAAUGCUACUAUUAAAACAAUAAAGAAGAAAAUUAUCAAGCGGGUACCAAAAAAGGUGGUUGGUGAAGCAUCAAGAACUCUUCCUGAGACUAAAACUGGAGGGAACGUAGAGGCAGUAAAAGCAGAAGACGGUACCCAGAGCACGAGCAAGCAGAUUGCUGGUGCAGGUAUUGCAGCGACACAAGGGAAGAAAGCUGUGAAGGUGGUUCCUAAGAAAAAGUUAAAAACACCUACCGGUGUAAAGCAAAAUGAUACAUCUGCUUCCAAUAAAACUGAAACAAAAUCUGACAAGGAUGACAAGAAGUCUGAAGAAAAUGUUGUGGCAGGUCAACCACAAGAUGUCACUCAGAACAAGGGUAGGCGGACAGCUGAUGCGGAUACCUCAGUGACAGAAUUGAAGAAAACUGUGAAGGUAGUUUCUAAAAACAAGUCAAAGGAAACCUCUGAAAAGCAAGAUGGUGCAGCUGAUUCCAAUAAAAAUGAAAUGAAGUCCAACAAGGAUGGCAUAAAAGAUGAAAAGGAUGUUGGAAAAAUUGGAGCCAAGUUAGACAAACAGAAAGCCUCUGAGAAAGAUGUUCACAAUGUUAAAGGGAAGUUGAAAGAUGGGGAUAAGGCAAAAGACAUGAAAGGAACAAAAGAUGGAGAUAAGUUGAAGGACAUGAAAGGAACAAAAGAGAGAGAUGGAAAAGACGAGUCUAGAAGCAAAUCUAGUAGAGAAUUGAAGGAGAAGAAGAAGUCCGAUGAGCCUCCUCGGCACCCUGGAUUUGUUCUUCAAACAAAAUGGACUAAAGAUUCUAAACUUCGUUCGUUGUCAUUGUCACUGGAUUCGUUGCUGGAUUAUACUGACAAAGAUGUUGAAGAAUCGACACUUGAGCUUUCAUUGUUUGCUGAAUCAUUUCAUGAAAUGCUCCAGUUCCAAAUGGGUUGUAGGAUUUUGGCAUUUCUUCAGAAACUGCGCAUUAAGUUUGUGACGAAAAGGGCCCAGCGAAAGAGGCAGAGAGAAGAGAGCCAUGAGAAGGAUAGUGAAAGUAAAUCACCUUCAAAACGUACAAAGAAAGAUAACCCUCCUGUGAAGAGUGAGCCUGCAGAUAUGGACACAACGGUUCCAACCGAAGGAGAUGAUGAUAAAACUGUUGUACAGAAAGAUAAGCCUGGUGGUGAAAAAGAGGAGGAUAAACCUGUUGAGAAGGAGGAUGUGAAGAUGGAAGAUGGAUCAGACGAGGAGGAAGAUCCUGAGGAGGAUCCUGAAGAAUAUGACGAAAUGGAAAAUGGUAGUCCGCAACAUGAUUCAUCUGAGUAUAAAAAUGCUGAGCAAGAGGCCAAUGCAGAUGUUGAAUCCAAAAAUAUUACUGGCAACGAAAAAGCUGCAGAAUCUUCUAAAGAGGAAACUAAGGUUAUAAUAGAAGAGGUGAAAGAAUCCAAGUCUGAUGCACAUUCCACCGAAGAGAAGGAAGGAAAGGUUGAUAAAAUAAAGAAAGAAGCCCCUGCGGUUAAGGAGGCUGUUGUGGACAAAGAACUUCUUCAGGCUUUCCGAUUCUUCGAUAGGAAUCAAGCUGGCUACAUUAGAGUUGAAGACAUGAGAUUAGUCGUCCACAAUCUAGGGAUGUUCCUUUCUCAUAGGGAUGUUAAGGAACUUGUACAAAGUGCAUUAUUGGAGAGCAACACUGGGAGGGACGAUCGGAUACUCUAUAAUAAGCUGGUGCGGAUGACUGAUGUUUGAAUAUUUGAUGCAACCUAGGGUCUCUCUCACUCUUAUUUAUUUAUUUUAUUAUUAUUAUUGGGUGAAAGGACGUGCUACGUUUCUUGUAAUGCAUGGAUGUAACUCAUAAUAACAUUCUGUCCACUCAACUCCCCCGGAUUCCCAUAAGUUCUGCUAUUAGAUUUCACAGUUGAGUUUGAUCA